AACAUGGACAACACCACGGGGGUUCCCAAGCUCAUGUCUCUCCAUUUAUUAGAAGAAAUUACAGAUCGUUUCUCUAAGCACCGGAAACUUGGAGGGGGUGCAUAUGGAGAUGUUUAUCUGGGAGAGCGUAAAGAUGGAGUGAAGAUUGCUGUGAAGGUGCUCAAAGACGUCUUAGACCUUAAUGAUGAGCAAUUUGAAAAGGAGUAUCGCAACCUUGCAAUUCUAGAGCACAAAAAUGUAGUCCGGCUAGUUGGCUCUUGCAAUGAAACCAAGGGAGAAUAUGUACCUCACAAUGGAAGGACAGUUUUUGCUGAAAAGGCUAGGAGGAUGUUGUGCUUCGAGUAUAUGUGCAACGGAAGCCUUGAUACUUUUAUUUAUGAUGAAUCUAAUGCAUGUAAUUGGCAUACACGCUAUGGUGUAAUUAAGGGGAUAUGCGAGGGCUUGGAAUACCUUCAUGAGAAACUAAAACCUGAUCCUAUGUGUCAUUUAGACUUAAAACCAGCCAAUAUAUUGUUGGACGAGAACAUGUCACCAAAAAUCGCAGAUUUUGGCGUGUCAAGGUUGUUCUUAGAAGAAAAAACAAAAAAGACAAACAGUGGUCUAGGAACACUUGGGUACAUACCACCAGAGUACAUAAACGGAGGUUUGAUCUCAACUAAGUUUGAUAUAUUCAGCUUGGGUGUCCUAAUUAUAAAGAUAAUGAUGGGACGAGAAGGCUACUUCACAAUUGAUGAAAUGUCUUCCCAACAGUUUGCUGAUCUCGUACACAUGAACUGGAUGAGUAGGCUACAAGGGCCACAUGCGUAUUCUAUACAAACAAGGAGGUGCAUCGAAAUAGCUCUAAGUUGUGUUGAGAAAGAUCGACGCAAAAGGCCAAGUAUUGGUGUAAUCGUCAGUAAUCUAAAUCAGACAGAGUAUGGAAUCCAGAUUUUUGAGGCACUAAAAAAUGGCUUGGACCACCAGGUGCGAUCUCUAAUGGCAUAAUUUCUCUUAUUUUUU